AACCAACUGCACCACCACCGGACGGAAGAGCCCAGCUGACACAACCAAGAGUCUCAUUGUCUAGGGAAGCUUGAGGUUCAGCUGCUUCUACUUCUGGAGUGCCUGAACUCAGUUAAUGCAAUUUUUGAAGCAUGGCCUGAAUAGAUUCAUUCAUUAUCAAGUCAAGCUAAAAACAGUGAAAGGUUGCUACCCUUACCAAACAGGGGAAACCUGAAGAACUACACACAAGAAACAUGUCAUUUAGCACCUUCACUUUUUGAUCCCCACAGAAGGCAAUGAGAAGUCACACUAUAACAAUGACAACGACUUCGCUAAGCAGCUGGUCUUGCUCCUCCCAUGCAACACGUUUUAUAACUAAUCACAGCAACCAAUUGCCACAAAACUUCUCAGAAGCAUCAAAUGUUACCUGUUCCAUGGAUGAAAAAUUACUAUCUACUCUGUUAACAACAUUCUAUUCUGUGAUUUUCAUCGUGGGACUGGUUGGGAACAUAAUUGCUCUCUAUGUAUUUCUGGGUGUCCACCGCAAAAGAAAUUCCAUUCAAAUUUACCUACUUAACGUAGCCAUUGCAGACCUCCUACUCAUCUUCUGUCUUCCUUUCCGAAUAAUGUAUCAUAUUAACCAAGACAAGUGGACAUUAGGUGUGAUUCUGUGCAAGGUUGUGGGAACACUAUUUUAUAUGAACAUGUACAUUAGCAUUAUUUUGCUUGGAUUCAUCAGUUUGGAUCGCUACAUAAAAAUUAAUCGGUCUAUACAACAACGGAAGGUAAUAUCAACCAGACAAAGUAUUUAUGUUUGCUGUACAGUAUGGAUAGUUGCUCUUGCAGGAUUUUUAACUAUGAUUAUUUUAAUGCUUAAGAAAGGAGGGCAUAAUUCCACAAUGUGUUUCCACUAUAGAGAUAAGCAUAAUGCAAAAGGAGAAGCAAUUUUUAACUUGAUUCUUGUGGUAAUGUUCUGGCUAAUUUUCCUACUAAUAAUCCUUUCAUAUAUUAAGAUUGGCAAGAAUUUAUUGAGGAUUUCUAAAAGGAGGUCAAAAUUUCCUAAUUCUGGUAAAUAUGCCACUACAGCCCGGAAUUCCUUUAUUGUACUUAUCAUUUUUACUAUAUGUUUUGUUCCUUACCAUGCCUUUCGAUUCAUCUACAUUUCUUCACAGCUAAAUGUAUCACCUUGCUACUGGAAGGAAAUCGUUCACAAAACCAAUGAGAUCAUGCUGGUUCUCUCAUCUUUAAAUAGUUGCUUAGAUCCAGUCAUGUAUUUCUUGAUGUCCAGUAACAUUCGCAAAAUAAUGUGCCAACUUCUUUCUAGACGAUUUCAAGGUGAAGCAAGCAGGAGUGAAAGCACUUCAGAAUUUAAACCAGGUUACUCCCUGCAUGAUAUAUCUGCAGCAGCUAAAAUGCAGUCUAGUUCUAAAAGUACUUGAGGUAAACAUACUAAGAAGAAUGAUACAAGACAGCCUCUUAAUUCCUUAAAGAACUAAUGAAUUUGUAACAAAGCUCUAGCAUUGAUAAAACUCAAAUCUUCUCAAAGCUCUGUUAGUAUUUGUGAUAUUUCAUUUGCUUAAUUGUAAAAUAUUUCAAGGCAAAGAAAAGCUUAUACUCAUCACUAAAUUUUAAAUCUGUAUGUAAAAUCUUUUCAAAAUAGAUUUUUAAGAUAACACUCAACAUCGAUUAUAAAGUUAAGUAAAAUUCAUGGUUUAACAACAAAAUAAUUAAAAGAAGUGCAGAGGUUCUCAAGUCACUAAAGUAGUUAUUAAAAUCAAGCACUUGAUACUAAUUUAAGUGUGUUUAUAAAAGUGAGUUAAAUGACUUGGGGACUGACUUAAAAUGUCAGAAAAUUUAUGUUCAUUUGUCAUUUAAAAAGCAUAAUUUGCUACUGUAUUCAUUUAUGCCUAAACCUCUAUAACAGAUAAAAUAAUUAAUAAAAUUCUAAUAAAAAUGAGA